AUGGCAUCUGGAAAAAAGACGAGAAAAGAAUAUCCACCGAGAUUGUAUCCGGUCCUGAAAUCUCCUGAGAAAAACCGAAGUAUGCAUCAUAAUUGUGUCUUCAGUGGUUUUGGAGAGCUCAACUCCGCCGUUGGGGACACCAUUUACAACGACGUGAUGAAUAAUUCGCAAGUGGGAGUGAUUCUGAAGCUUGCAUCAUUGAGCUACGUAUGGUGUGCGAAGACAUGCCAUAACCUUCUAAGAAAUCAGUUGGCAAUUGAGCGCAAUUAUGAGAUAUGGUCUUUAAUUGGGGGCCGACCCAUAAGGUUUAGCCUCCAUGAGUUUCGUGAUAUUACGAGGCUAAACUGUGACCCGUUUGAAGAUGAAGGAGAAUUGAAAGUUAACCACACUGAGUUUUGGGAAUUAGCGGGCAUCAAAUCAGGGGAAGGUCCUAGCUGGGAUGAGUUGGUCAAGGCGUUUGAAACAUGCAGUAUGUGGAAUUAUCAGCAGAAGAGGAAGCUUGCUUUGUUGUUUGUGCUGCACGUUGGAGUAUAUGGCCUUGCUCGAACAUGUAGAAUACCUUUUGUGGCUGCAAAAAGAGUUUUGGAUGAAGAGGCGUUUGAGAGGUAUCCAUGGGGUAGAGUUGCAUUUCAGAAGCUAGUGCAAUCGAUAAAAAUAGCAAAAUUUGACGUGCCUUCCUACACAAUCCCUGGAUUUGUGCAUCCGCUUCUGAUAUGGGGAUAUGAAUCUGUUGAAAUUAUCGGAGAAAGAUUUGGGAGGAGACGUGAUGGUCCAAUCCCUCUACUACGGUGGCAAUCAUCUCGUACAAGGUACAAUUUGGAGGCCCUUAUGGAGGAGGAUAAACAGAAUAGCGUCGACAAGAAGGCUCGCGUUAGACACUUAGUUGAUGUGCCUCCUGCUGAGAUAUAUCCACAAUGGGCUGGUGAAAAUCCUGAUUGCGACAAGAAGCUUGAUAAUAUGAUUCGCGAUAUCCUUGACGGCUGUUUGGAUGAAUCGUUUUGGGAAACUGAGGCUGCUGCGAAGAAGAAGAGGAAGAGCAAAGCGGGUGAAAGCGAGGACGGUCCCAGAAAAAAGGGAAAGAGCAAAGCCGAUGAAAGCGACGACGAUUUUGUUGACAAGCCUGGACGAAAGUCGUCGAAGAAACCUCUCGGGCACGAGGAAGAGCUGAGAACAAAGAGAAAGGAAGAGCAAAGAACAAAGAAGACAUCUGAUGCGGCGAGCAAGAAGGAUAGUACGACGACUGAAGAGCCAAGAGAGAAGGCAACACGAAGGAAGGAAAAAAGAAACGAUGCAACGAAAUGUUCCAUGUCUGCUGAUGUUGAUUAUUCGAGUUUGCAAGAGGAAGUUGACAGAAAGACAGCAUCAAAGAGACGGGAAGAUGAAGCAAGUAGGCACUUGUGA